AUGUUAAGGAUCUGGGGAAUUUCACAGCCCAUUCAUUUUGUAAAGUUAUUCCGGUUGAAUUGUUUAUUACUAUCCCCGGCAAAUUCACAUUAUAAUAAGGACAUAACUUCUGCUCAUUACCAGUAUCCGAGAUCAUUGAGCAGUAACACCCAUAUUUCCUUGGAAAGCAAGGAAAAUCAAUUCAGUGUUGACGAUUCUGCAGUUUUCAAAUCAACAAUAAAUACGGAAAGUUUACUCGACGUUGUUAGUGUUGAUGAGCUAUCUGUUCCCGGAAAGUCAAUGAGAAAAAUUCAAAAAGGAUCGAAUAAAGCCAAAACGCUUAGGAAUAGAAAGUCAAUAAAUCGAAAAGUUCUAAAAGUCUUGAAAGCAGGAGUAACGCAUAAUCCUGGUGAUAAUAAUUCGCAAAGAGUUUUAGACUCCUCAAAAGCAUCUUCGCAGAAUAUGAACUCUUCUCGAAAAUGUAUUGAUGCCCCUGUGCACCCCGUAGAAGAUGAUAAAGUUCUUACGGCAGAUGAGUCCACUUCUCUUGUUCAAUUAAGAGAAUUCAAUUUGUUGUCAAUCGACAUCGAAAUGUAUGAGAGAAAGACAUCUGAAAUAACAGAAAUUGGAAUAUCCAUAUAUAAUCCACGGUACCAGAAGACCGCUUUAUUUCCCCAUAUUGUUUGUUUCCAUCUCAUUAUUAAGGAAUUUAUUAAGCAUCGUAAUGGUCGUUUUGUCCCAGAUGCCAAGGGGAAUAAUAUAACCGGUGUUUCAACAAUUGUGACCAUGUCAGAAGCAAAAAAAAUGGUGGGAACUUUAUUAAACAAAUUGGGGCCCAAAACAGUAAUUGUUGGACACGGCGUUCAGGGGGAUCUUAGGCUUCUUCGGAAGCAUAAUUUUCCAUUUCCAAAGCCAACUAGAAUCAUAGAUACACAAAAGCUUUGGAAUUAUAUGUAUGUGGGAAAGAAUCAUAAAUCAUCGUUGAGCUAUGUUCUUAAUAAGCUCGGAAUUCCACACUCCUUUCUUCAUAACGGAGCGAACGAUUCAUAUUUCACGUUAAUAGCAAGCUUGAUGUUGUGCUCUCCGGGUCUUAUGUCUAAUAUCAUAACCCGAAAAACCGUUCCGUGUCAAAUCUCAGAUCAUAAAAAGAAAUUGCUCCAAGAAGAAGGAGUCGAAUUACCCAUGGAAACAAUCGUCACUGUCAAAUGUGGAGCUUCAGAAGCUGAUAUAAAGGCUAAAAAGGGACAUGGUCAUGUGGCAAAAUCUAAUUCUUUCUAUCCUUGGCAUGACUAUAAUAAGAAGGAGUUAGAUCAAAGGUUAGAUGAACUUCUGAAAAAUUGA